AUGACGACUGAAGUUCAGUGCAACGGGCAUCCCGACGCUUCACCGUUAAUAUCCAAUUCAUUGAACCACAAUGACAGUCACAGAAGCUGGGUAGUGCAAAAAUUUGGUGGCACAAGUGUAGGCAAAUUCGCUGUGAAUAUUGCGGAAGACAUUGUUCGUGCAAGCUUAAAACAUCAUAGAAUCGCAGUUGUCUGUUCCGCGAGAAGUACUGGGAAGAAGGUCGAGGGCACAACGAGUCGAUUGUUGGAAAUCCACAGUGUCCUUCAGUCUGUCAACUCUUUGAAAGACUCGGAUUCAGAAAAUUACAAGAGCUUAGUUAGCAAAUACGAAAGACUGGUGGACGUUAUCCGUGACGAUCACAUCGCAGCAGCGAGGUCACAUAUACAAGAUGAGGCUAUAGCCUCGAGGCUCGCAAAGGACAUUGAAACGGAGUGUAAGGAGAUACAGGAAUAUCGAUUGGCUGUUGAACGAUGGCAUCUGGAAAUUGAUUCGAGAUCAAAGGAUCGCCUGGUCAGCUUUGGAGAGAAACUUAGCUGUAGAUUUGUGGCAGCUUUAUUACAAGACAGGGGAGUUGAUGCCGAAUACGUAGACCUCUCGGAUGCUAUCCAUUUCAAGACCCCCAAGGGGAUGAACUUAGAGUUCUACAGAGACGUGGCUGCGGCGAUAAAAGAGAAAAUCGACGCUUGCCAGGAUAGAGUGCCAAUUAUUACUGGAUAUUUUGGAACCGUUCCAGGUGGUUUGAUGGAUGGAGAAAUCGGAAGAGGAUAUACAGAUCUUUGCGCAGCAUUAGUGGCUGUGGGAGUUGCAGCAGAAGAAUUGCAAGUAUGGAAGGAAGUUGAUGGUAUAUUUACUGCAGAUCCCUCGAAAGUGCCAACCGCCCGACUUUUGUCCACUAUAACACCAUCCGAAGCAGCAGAGUUAACUUUUUACGGGUCCGAGGUCAUCCAUCAUCUCACUAUGGACCAAGUCAUUCGAGCGACCCCACCGAUCAAGAUUCGGAUCAAAAACGUUAAAAACCCACAGGGAAAUGGCACAAUCAUUCUUCCCGAUCCUAUAUUAGAACCUUCGCAGCACACCCAUGCGAGAAGCCCAAGUCCUGUAAGUCUGAAGAAAACGCCUAAGCGCCCUACGGCUGUUACUAUCAAGGACAAGAUCUCCGUUAUCAACGUACAUUCGAAUAAGAGAUCGAUUUCGCACGGAUUCUUUGCAAAGGUAUUUUCCAUAUUGGACAGUCGACAGAUUUCUGUGGAUCUUAUUUCCACCAGUGAGGUUCAUGUUUCCAUGGCUGUUCAUUCGGCGUAUAUCUCUGCAGAAGAUAUGCAGAGUACCAAAGCGGAGCUUCAAGAGUGCGGCGAAGUCAGCAUCCUCAAUGAAAUGGCAAUCCUCAGUCUAGUGGGAUCGGAAAUGAAAAAUAUGGUCGGAAUUGCUGGCAAGAUGUUUUCUACUCUUGGAGAAAAUAACGUCAAUAUCGAAAUGAUAUCUCAGGGGGCGAGUGAGAUCAACAUAUCUUGUGUCAUAGACGCUUACGAAGCCACACGCGCGAUGAACAUAUUGCAUACAAAUCUUUUCACAUUUUUAGAAUAGAUCAAAACGGGAAUUGGAAAAGGUAAGGGAGACGGCGUUCAAACUUUGAUGGAAUCGAGCAUGGUGCAUUGGCGGCAUUUAAAAUUUGGGGGAU